AUGACACAAAGGGCUAUGGAAGAGGGAGGGGAAGUGCUUGAAAGUUGGAGAUCUCGCAAACAACUGAUAGGAGGCGAAGGAAAUGAGGAAUUGGAAGGCACCAACAAUGGCGUUCUACGCGUUGUGGAGACGUUGCUGCGUUUGUUCACCAUUGCUCUCUCUGUAACUGCUCUUAUCAUCAUGCUUAAGAACUCUGAGAAGAAUGAGUAUGGUUCUGUUAACUACACCGACUUUAGUGCUUUCAGAUAUUUGGUGCAUGCAAAUGGCAUCUGCGCUGGAUAUUCAUUAUUUUCAGCUGUUUUUGUCGCUUUGCACAGACUUUCCAGCGUGCUCAGAAAUUGGACUUUCUUUUUGCUUGACCAGGUUUUAACUUACCUAAUCCUGGGUGCUGGAGCUGCAUCAAUGGAGAUUUUGUACCUGGCUGAGAAGGGAAACCCUGCAACAACAUGGAGCUCAGCUUGUAGGGCUUUUGGUCCAUUUUGUCACAAGGUUACUGCAUCAAUAGCUAUCACAUUUGUCAUUGUUAUCUGCUGUACCUUGCUUUCUCUCAUUUCCUCCUACAAGUUAUUCAGCAACUAUGAUGCACCAGAUGUGAGCAACCCCUCCAAAGGUGUUGACAUUGCUGCUUUUCAUGGCUGA